CCAAAAAUCCCAGUUCUAGUUCAGUGAGAGUCUCUUCUUCACGACCGAUUCUCUCCUCCAAGAAGAAUUAAACAUGAAUUAGAAGAAGCAAAAUUCCUCUGUAAGUAUCGCUCAAUCGACGCCAGUGCUUUUUCCGUUUCAAAAAUGGACUAUGCCGGUUCAAGCAGUGAAGAACCGAGCUCCUGGGAUGACCUCUACAACAUCAAUUUGAUUCCCUCCGAAUUGUUCAUCAAAUUCCGUAAAGAGAUUGAAACUUUUCGUGUUGGAAUAAAUCUAGAGUUCUACAAUGCUGAAAUGAAUGAUUAUCAUGCUAAGUUGGUGUUGAAGCCAUUGUCUUAUGAACGUAAAUGGAAGUUGAUAUAUGAGCCACUUCAAAAAGAUGUACGCCUUCUUUCAAAGAAGAUUCCUAUAACGAAAUUCCUAAAUCUUCAGGUUGGUGUUGGACAUAGUUUUCAGCUCAAUGCUACAGGUUGGAAAUGGAAGCUUACAACUUGUUUGGGAGGAGAUGGUGUUUCUCGUAUCAGAAACAAGACGACACUCGGCUUGUGCCCUGGCAUUGAUUUUCGGUUUGGAUGGAGGGCAGACUAUGUUCUUCCAGAAAUCACAGGGGCUGUGGGUACAGGUGACCCGUUGUUCAACAUGAACUCAGGUCGGCUGCAAGCAUCUCUUGAUCGAAUCGAGGGCAUAUUUACGGUAUAAAGAUAACAUUCUAAGUUACUUUUGGUAUGUAUGAACUCUGAAGUAAUGGAUUGUUCUAUUUUUUCCUCUCUUUUUCUUCAUACACAACAUAUACUAGAACUGGACAUGACAUGACACCAUUAAAUGUUAUGUUGCUAACUACAUUAAUGGUUUAUUUAAUCUCUACAUUAUGAUUUAAGCUGGUUUUGAUGCAAACUAUUUGUUUGCUACUAUCU